AUCUAUAAGUACAUACAUAUAGGUACAGAUACUGUGAUUUUUUUUCAAAAGCACUUUCAUCUGUCAACGUACAGUGUACACAAAUAACUAUCGGCGCAUUAUUGUUCUGUAAACCAUACGCGAUUUACCAAACUAUUAUUGUGAAAAUUACCGCGACACAAUGAGAAAUUUAAUAAUUGUUAUAUUCAUGUUAUAUUAUUCAGCCUAUUCCUUAGGUUUGGAAAUUCCGUACGGAAACAACUCGCUUGUGAUAAUUGAUCGGCUUAAACAGAGCACAAACUUUACUAUACCUUGUUCUGAUACAGAUGAAGUAGAAUGGACUGUUGAAACCACCACUCGUGCCAAAAAUUUCAUUCAAGUGGAAGCGCCAAAUAAAAAGAAUCUUGUGAUAGAGAAACCUCAGGAAGAAGAUGGCGGUGUUUAUAAAUGUGUAUCCAAAAAGAAUCCUAAUUUGUUUAUGAAGAUUGUUGUUCACGUGAUGAUGUAAGACUCAUCAAUCAUCUAACAUUCAUGUUGACCUAAGUAUUUCAAUUGAGUUGUGGAAUAUGGCCUACAUUUAUUACUCAUUGAAGUUUAAGAUAUCCAAACUCUUGAUAUCCUACAGCUAUAUCUACAUAGAAAAAAAUUUGAUAUUGUACCUAAACCUACCAUGUAUGCACUUGGAUCCUAUCAAUGUUUUUUGAGGUGAAAAAUAUUUACAAAUCUGUACUUAGUGAAUUAGACAAACUAUUUUUACAGCAAUGAUUAUCAAUUACCUAUCAUAUAUUAAAAAUAAAUCAAAAAAUUAAAUGUGUAA